GCUAGGGUGUCGGUAUGAUCUUGUAAUGCUUGUAUUUAAAGCACAUCCUGUGCCACCGACAGCAUCAGUGUCGUUUGUGAGCUCUUGCCUCUUAGAUAUAUAGAGAGAGAGAGCCUGUUUUAAUAACUACAUCGAAGAAAGACUAGCAACGCGUCUUCCAACCAUGAAUCUACAGCAAGUUGUCCUAAGUCUCGGCGUGUUUACUACACUUCUACGCGAUCGGUGCUAUGGCGAUGAUGACACCGAACAUGUCCACAUAAAACUUCACGUUCCCGAAAUCAUCAACCGACACGUCCACGUAAAGACGAAGUACAUGCACGUGUACCAUCCGAAAAAGGUCGUCCAGGGGAUGCCGCCAACGUUCGUCGAUCAGCAACCGAUGGCGCUCGACCACGGCAUGUGGAUGCCGUCCGGUGCGCUUCCCUCCGGCAUGGUUUCUUCCCCCUCGUCGGCCCUCUCGUCAGCCUCCUCCUCAGCCAUGGCUGCAGCUGCGGCCGCCUCCCUAUCCUCGAUGGUACAGGACAAACUGUCGACGCAGCUAGCCCAGGAGCUGAUGAUGCGCUACCGCAAUCUGGACGCACCGGCCGUGGGUGGAAUGGCCGACUUACGCGAUGCUACCACUCCCGAUGCUUCCGACUAUCUGCGGGACUACUACCGGCAGCAGCGGAAGCUGUCCGAUCAGCUAAUGCUGCAGGAAGCGAUGCAGUUGCCGAACUUUGCGCAAACCAAGUACCUGUCCAAUAUGGGGUACAACUGGGACAAGUCGUUCGGUGUGAAGUCGAGCGACGGUGAAAAGUCUACCCUGCUUCCGAAGAAGUCGAAAAAGAAGAAGGCGUAUGGCAAUCUGUAGCUGUUCUUCGGGGAGAAACUACGUUGUUAAAGUUGAAUUUGUUAUGCUGUUAUUUGUUGUUGAUGUUGGGAGUGAUAUUUAAAUAAAGUAUUGAUUAUUUCGUAAUAAUGUGCGAUUAUUUUAUUUGAAAAGUUUCAUAAAUAUUUUUAAGCCAUAGCAAAAUUUUGUCAGGAAAGAUUGUGGAGAAGCAAUUUUUUUGUAGGCUUACAAAUUUACUGUUCUAUUCUUCUUUUCUAUAUAUUUACUUAAUCUUAAUAAUAUCGCGCAUUUCUUGCUUAAUUAGUUAUUUUCCUUAUAAAUUGAGAUAUUUUUUAAAUACUGUUACAAAUUAAACCUUAAACUGUAUUAUUCAAUGUUGAUGUAUAGAAAUUCAAAAAACAAUGAAGCUAAAUGAAAUUGCUUUAAAAAAUUUUAAG